UGGGUUGCCUUGGAUUUAUCCUUUUAUUUAUUUAUUUAUCUGAGUUCUUUUCCUCAAGGAGUCUCCUUCUCUGUUCUGCUUUGUACGCCCAAAACCUAAGCUAGGGUAAACCAUUUCAGGUGAAAUUGGGUCUGUCCUGGAUCACCUCAAUUCCCUACGAAAUACGACGCCAUCGUUGAAGAUCGAAAUUGAGAGCCUCGGUCUUUUUAUCUCUCUUUGAUUAGGAACAAUGUCUUUUACACAAACUUACAGAGCGCAAGGAGGCACUUUUCAUGAUAAUUAUAGACCCUCUUUCAUUAGAAACAAAAACAGCAACAGUGCUAACAUUAAUGAUAACCGUAUAAGGAGUUAUAAUCCCCAUGACUUCUCAAGAAAUUUUAGGGAGCGCUCUAAGAAUUAUAAUUAUGUUAAUCAUGAUGCCGCACCCUCCUUGAAAAGGAGAAAAUUUUCAGCUUCUGCUUGGGAAGACACUGGGAGGCGCUAUCAGCAACAAACCACAUAUGACAAUGCCCCUUCAACCUGCAACAGCUUGGUCCCUGCUCCUACAAGACCUAAUGCUAAUGCCUACACAUCUACCAGCUGUAAACGUGAUCGCUCAAAAUUGGAGGAUGAUGAUAUGGUCUUUAUGUCUAGGGAUGAGAUUGAAAGAUGCUCCCCUUCAAGGAAAGAUGGUAUUGAUGCACUUCGUGAAAUGCAUUUGCGGUAUUCAUAUUGUGCUUUUCUUCAGAAUCUUGGACUGCGGCUUGAGUUGCCUCAAACUACUAUUGGAACUGCCAUGGUUUUAUGCCACCGCUUUUUUGUUCGACGUUCGCAUGCUUGCCAUGAUAGAUUUUUGAUUGCUACUGCUUCCCUUUUUCUUGCUGCAAAGUCCGAGGAAACACAGCGCCCUUUGAACAAUGUAGUGAGAGCAUCUUGUGAAAUUCUCCAUAAGCUGGACCUUACUUUCUUGUCUUAUCUGCUCCCUGUUGACUGGUUUGAGCAGUAUCGGGAACGGGUGAUUGAGGCUGAGCAGAUGAUACUGACUACUCUAGAUUUUGAGCUCACUGUGGAGCAUCCAUAUGUUCCUCUUACAUCUGUUCUUAACAAAUUAGGUCUUUCACAAACUGUUUUGGUGAAUUUGGCAUUACACUUGGUCAGUGAAGGUGAUUUCAAUAGGGUUAGUGGCAAAAUUAGUUAGCAGAAUCUAGCACAUACUUCCCCUGAUUGUGUACAACAUGAAUCCUUUCCACAUAUCUUACACAGUUAUAGUGGCCAUGUUCUGUUCAGGUACUUUUCUAAUGCGGGCUACUUGUAUUUAGUUCCUAUUUCCAAAGAAUGUGGUUAAAACUAGGAAGAUAGUGUAGGAAUUAGGUAGCAUUCUUGUGUUUAUGAUGAUCAAUCUUUUUUUAUAGAUUUGGACUGGUUGGUGUUGGAAUCUCAAUCAAAUUGCAAAUUUAUUGAGAUUUAAAGGCAGUUAUUAAUGUGGAGGAGGAUAAAUCGGUUAUCUUCUUUGUCCUUGGUUCAAAACUGUGUAUUACUUGUGUCAGUGUUUUGUUCUUUAGAGCUCUGCAUAGUCAUUCUGGAAUGGGAUAUUGAUUAUUUUGGCAUGGCAUAUAAUUGCAGGAUCUACACAAGAUUAGCGUGCUCGCAUCUAUGAUAUUCUUAGCUGGCGGAUUGAUAUGCUGUUCAUGGAAAGUUUUGUUUAUCUGAAGUUGAACUGCUGAUGUGUAGUGGAUGCCUUUAUCAUGAAUUUACUCUGAACCUGGUCACUGGCUAUUGAAGAUAGCCACAAACCCUCAGGACAGUUUUACCAUCCUAAUAUACACCCUUCCUCUUAACAAACUUAUAGUUUGUGAAACCAAUGGCCACUUGUCUACUUAAUGUCCAUUCCUGCAAGUCUGGGAGUCGCCUUGAAUGGGCUUAAAAAAAAAAAAAAAGAAAAGAAAAAUUGGUUUGGGUGAGUUUGGUUUUGAGAAUAUAAAAUGUUUUCCAAUUUUAAAAAAUGGUAGAAAUUUGGUGACAAAUGUUGAAAACUGUUUCAAAAUUUUCGAAAAAAACAGCCUGUUUUCUGGAAGUCUUCCACAUUUUCUUCUUUCUUUGUCUCUCAUUUGUCCCAUUGUUUGUUUAAGAACAGAAACAACUCAAGUUGACUGAUUCCCAAAAGUUUCAAUAGUUUCCAUUCUCAGAAAAGGAAUCACUUUUGAAAACGUUUUUCAAUUAGAUGGGUGCAUAUUUCUAUCCUCGUUCUUUAUGUGAUUUUUAUUGCUGACCCACUUGGACAAGGAAUAUGGUCGGAUAUCUAGGGAGAUUUUCUAGUUUAGCUAAGGCUUGUUUCUGAAAUACCCAAAAAUUUUGAAUUGUUAUUUUGCUUCAAAUCCUACCUUGAUUUUGUAACUUUGCAUAUCCCAAAUAUUUGGAAUUUUCUGUUGGGUUUUAAUUAGGACUAACUGUGUCCAUGAAUUAGCAUUAAAAAUUUAAAUCCUUGGUCCAGGAGUUGCUGUUAGACAUAGGAGUGUCUGCAAUUCAGAAACUGCCAGAGUUGAGCACUAUUAUCUUUGCUAAUUUUGGUUUUGUUGCCUUGUCUGGAAAUGAAACUAGUGGCCCUAAAAAGUUGAUGUGCUGGUGGACAUUAGGGAUAGCCUUUCUUUUUUUGAUAAGUAAGCAAAGAGAAUAUAUUAUUUAUAAUUAAUAGAUGCACAGUGGACAACUUAGAUAGCUUCUCUAGAACUAUUUUUGAGUUGGCUGCAAGAAACCUUUUCUGUUGCUUACUUUUUAUUGAGGAGAAAUCUACUACUAUAACAUCAUUACUGAAAAUUCUAGAUCUACCUAUCCUACAAGAUGUGUUUUCUUUUGUGCUUAAUUUAAUUGGGUAUUUUUUAUUAGGGAUGUGAGCCCUAACCAAUUAUAUGAAGACUGGUGGGAAAUUAUGGGUAGCAGUUGCCAUUUAGAUUGAGUGGCCUGUAGACCAUUUAAGUGAUGUAUAGUGAUGAUCUUUAUCUUUAUCCACAUUACUAGGUUGCACUUCUUUAGUUCUUUUUCUCUUUUAAAUAUAUUCCUUUAUACCAAUUUUUCACUGGUAUUUCUUCUUUCAGUUUCCUCAUAUUGCUUUUCCUCCUCCCCACGCUAAACAAUCUCGACAAUAUAAGUUUUUGUGGAUAAGCCAUAAGAUUUAUUCUGUCAUUUUUCAACUUUAUUGGUUCUUUCCAGCCUUCUGUUGGUAUCAUAGAAUGGGUAAGAAAGAGUAAGUAAAGGAUGUGUCUCUAUGUUAUAUUUUUGCUGUCGGCUUUGCUUGGCCUUUAUGCUCUGGCAGCUGGAUUACCUUUUUGGUACCUAAUCCCUGGAUGUUUCCUAAGCAGUUAUUGCGACCAUACAUGGCAAUACCUGCAAACCUUAUUUUACAAGUCUACUGAUUAUUACUGCUUUCUCCUUAUUCUGAUUAGUAUUUCAGUAUUUAUGUUGAAAGAAUAAAAAAGUGCCGGACCUUUUUUACUGGGAAUUUGUUGCUAUACCUAUCCCUACCCUUUUUUAUAAGUAAAUUUUAAACUAUUUUUUUCCUUUUUCUUUUCUAUAAUUUAUUUGUGUAUAUGUUUAUUUUCAUGGAUAAACAUUAUGUGCUUAUUACUAUAAAUUUUUUAAAUGUCUAAGCUUCACUUUUGGUACUACCUGGGCUCCUAUUCUGUGUGUUCUUUCCCUUCCCCUCUUAACUAAGAUAAUACUUUGGAAAAUGUACACUUGUUCAAUUCAUUUGGAACUAAAUGAAAAUGAACAUUAUAUUUGAUAUAAUCUCUCGUACGAUAUGUACUUGUAUUUUGUAAAUUGUACUUAACGGCUCAUAAAUCAUGAUACUAUUGCAUCUAUAGCCAUGUUGCAAAAUGUGCUAUAAGUUUGUUAACCUUAGGCAAUCAACAUUUACUUAUAGAGCUUAAAACACAAAGUGGACUAUGAAGGAUUGAAGUCCAAUAGGCUAACACAUAAUAUGGCAUUAUGUAUUGCAAAAUUUGAAUAGCCAGGAGCACGUUAUGCCAAAAAACCCAAAAGAACAGUAAGCACUAAAUUCGUACUGUACUUACAAGUAUAUCAUUUGUUUUAUUUGUUGUAGCCAGUGCAUCUCUCAAACUUACCUUGACAAUCUUCAUCUUUAUUCUUUUGGUUUUCAAUGUCAGUUAUGUUCUUACCAUUAUUAUCUGCUCCUACCACCAGUGCCUCGUGGUCAUGAGGGCCUUUUUGUUUUUGUUUGUUUGUUUUAAGGAAAAGAAAAGAAAAGAAAAACAAAAAAAAAGCAACUACUGAACUUCUAAAGCCUGUAUGUAUUGAGAAGUUUUCUUCUUCCACUUUUUUUUUUCUUCUCAUUUUGUUCCUUUGUUUUUUUCUUUUCUCUCUCUUUGUUUUUUUCUUUUUUUGUCAUUUUUUGGUUAACAGGUUAAAUGUCAUUUUCUUUGUUCAUACUAGCAUG